AUUCAUCAUUUCAUCUGUGAUGGGCUCGAGACUUACAGUACAAUAAACACGGUGUUGCUAUGGUGAUGUCAGUCAGAAUGGCUCUUCUUCCUCUGAUCUUUCUGCUCAUUAUUGAGGGGGUUUAUAGUACUUAUUGGGAUGUGAGUUACAGCUCUUCAUAUAUCUGUGCAAUAAAGGGAUCAUCAGUGAUAAUGCCGUGCACUUAUACAUACCCUACUGGAUAUCAGAUCACGAAUGUGUUCUGGACUGAUAAUACAGGUUCAGAUCCUCCAAAUCUGUUAAAUUACCCUGAAUACAGUCAGAGGAUUCAGUAUCUGGGAGAUUACCAGCAGAACUGCACCCUCAGACUGAUUGAUGUGACACAGAACGAUGCACGCAAGUACUAUUUCAGAUUCAUAACUGAUCAACAUGGAGGAAAAUGGACUGGUAAAUCUGGAGUGACUCUUGAUGUUACAGAUCUCCAUGUAGAGUCUCCUGAGAGCGUGACAGAGGGAGAUACAGUCAGUCUGACAUGUAAAAGCACCUGUAAUGUGAAUAACAGAGCAACAUUCAUCUGGCUGAAAAACACACAGUCAUUAACUGAGACAAGCAAUACACUCAUCCUGCAGUCUGUCAGAAGAGAGGAUGCAGGCAGAUAUAGCUGUGCUGUACACGGAUACAAUCUCACAUCACCUCAUACUUAUCUCAAUGUCAAGUACGCACCCAAGAAUGUCUCAGUGUCCAUCAGUGGAUCUGGUGAAAUAGUUUUGGGUGAUUCAGUGAAUCUGACCUGCAGCUGUGAUUCAAACCCACCUGUUCUGAACUACACCUGGUUUAAGGAGAAUACAACUGUAGGAUCUGAAGAAAUCUACAGCAUCACGUGGAUCCGCUCUGAUCACAGUGGAGAAUACAAGUGCAAGUCCAAAAAUGAAGUUGGAGAGAAAUACUCUGAUGCUGUGACAUUAAAUGUUUUGUACCCACCCAAGAAUGUCUCAGUGUCCAUCAGUGGAUCUGGGGAAAUAGUGGAGGGGGAUUCAGUGAAUCUUACCUGCAGCUGUGAUUCAAACCCACCUGUUGUGAACUACACCUGGUUUAAGGAUGAAAAAAUGGUAGAAGCUGGAGAAAUCUACAGCAUCACGAGGAUCCGCCCUGAUCACAGUGGAGAAUACAAGUGCAAGUCCAGAAAUGAAGUUGGAGAGAAAUACUCUGAUGUUGUGACAUUAAAUGUUUUGUACCCACCCAGUGAUGUCUCAGUGUCCAUCAGUGGAUCUGGUGAAAUAGUUUUGGGUGAUUCAGUGACUCUGACCUGCAGCUGUGAUUCAAACCCACCUGUUCUGAACUACACCUGGUUUAAGGGGAAUGAAACCUCAGCUGUGGGAUCUGGACAGAGUUACAGUGCACUACAGAUUGGAUUCUUCUACUGUGUGGCUCAGAAUCAACAUGGAUCUCAGAGAUCAGCUGCUGUUCAACUCACUGUUAAAGGGGAAAACACAGUUCUAUAUGCAGUUGCUGGAGUCACAGGUGGAUGUGGAGUUUUAAUUUUCAUUCUCAUUUUGUUCAUAUGUCUUUAUAGCAAGAAGAAAAAACACAGACCUGAUGACAUCAAACAAAAGCAGAAUGAUCCUUAUGCCAGUGUAACGAGGAUGGUUCAAACCCCUCAUGUUCAUGUUUCUAAAUCAGCCGAUUGUGAUGAUGCACAGUAUGCCAAUGUUUCACAUAAGUGGAGUGAUCAGACAGCUGAUAAAGCUUCUGAAUCCAGAGAUAUUGAGGAGAUCCAGUAUGCAACGGUCCAACAUCACAAAUACAAAGAGAUGAAAAGACCAGAAGAGGAUGAAUCCCAGUAUGACAUUAUUAGAAUUCACCAGCCUGAUGCUGCUGUUGCUAGAUCUGCUGAUCAAAUAGUGGAAGAUCAAUCAGUGAUUUACAGCACAGUCAAAUGAUCAGGAUCAGUUUAGGUUCUUCGAACUUGAGGAAAAACAAAAUCCACAAAAUUUCAGUUAAAUCCAGACAGUCCCUUUUUUCAAUUAUUUGUUUAAUGUUGUAACAUUGUGCCAUUGUAGCUGAACCGUUUUCCCUUCUUAUUUUUAAUUAAUAAUGAAGUACGCCUGACAGUACGCAAUGAUUGAUUGCUGUUUUGUAUAUUUUUCCACUGAGCAAAUCUCAGUGUGUUUUUUAUCUGUAACUGAUGACUGUAAUGAUCAUCCUUUUCAAACUUUAAUCUGAUAGAAGUUCAUGCAUAUAUUUUGAGGCAAAGCAUUACUUUCAGUUGUAUGUUUUUUCCAUGUGAAUAUAAAUAAA